AUGGAUUUAAGAGUAGGCAGGAAAUUUAGAAUUGGUAGAAAAAUCGGUAGUGGUUCGUUUGGUGAUAUUUAUCAUGGUACAAAUUUGAUUAGUGGGGAAGAAGUCGCCAUAAAAUUAGAGUCGAUUAGAUCAAGACAUCCGCAGUUAGACUACGAAUCAAGGGUUUAUAAGUACUUGAGUGGGGGUGUUGGGAUACCUUUCUUGAGAUGGUUCGGAAGGGAGGGCGAGUACAAUGCGAUGGUCAUCGACUUGUUAGGUCCCUCUUUGGAGGAUUUGUUUAAUUAUUGCCAUAGGAAAUUCUCUUUCAAAACCGUGAUUAUGCUGGCUUUGCAGAUGAUUUGUAGAAUCCAGUAUAUUCAUGGCCGCUCGUUCAUUCACAGAGAUAUCAAACCCGACAAUUUCCUAAUGGGUGUAGGCAGACGUGGGUCGACGGUCAAUGUCAUUGAUUUUGGGUUGUCUAAAAAAUAUAGAGACUUCAACACCCAUAGACAUAUCGCUUAUAGAGAAAAUAAAUCAUUGACAGGUACAGCAAGAUAUGCGAGUGUUAAUACUCAUCUGGGGAUCGAACAAAGUAGGAGAGAUGAUUUGGAGUCUUUGGGCUACGUCUUGAUUUAUUUUUGUAAAGGUUCUUUACCUUGGCAAGGUUUGAAAGCAACUACAAAAAAGCAGAAAUACGAUAGAAUUCUAGAGAAAAAAUUGUCAAUUAAUGUGGAGACUUUGUGUGGUGGUUUGCCUCAAGAAUUCUCAGAGUAUAUUUCUUAUUGUAAGAAUUUGAAGUUCGAUGAAAGACCGGAUUAUUUGUAUUUAGCAAGAUUAUUCAAAGAUUUGAGUAUCAAAUUAGACUACCAUAAUGAUCAUUUAUUUGAUUGGACCAUGUUGCGUUACACAAAGGCAAUGGUUGAAAAGCAACAGCAACAGCAACAAAAUACCAUUGCAUCGAAUACAAAUAACAAUAAUAAUAAUGGUAUAACUCCUGCAUCUAACAACAAUAAUUCAAAUACUAACAUUGCAUCCAUUACUGAUAACCAAGAUAAUAGCCAAACUACAGCUAAUGAUCAGAGAAAAGAUAAAAACGAUUCCUUCAAUAAAGUGAAGACAUUGGCUAUGAAAAACUUUCCAACUCAUUUCCAUUACUACUUGAUUGAAAAUGAUAGUUAUUAUCCAAGUCCAGAUGAAAUUAAGAAACAAACGGUCGCAAAUAACAAUGCAGUUGUGGAAGAUUCAUCGUUACUGAAAGCUAUAGGCAAGGGCAUGGAGCGUUUGAAACAAAACUCUUUACAAAACAACACGAAUUUAACAAGUAAUGAAGCAAACCCAGCAGAUGCGCAAAUGAAUUCAAACGUUAUUCAACCACUAUUGCAGAAACAGCAGCAACAGCAACAGCAGCAAGUUCAACAAGAACAAAGAUCUACAUACUACCCACCACAAGUCCAAACUUCGGUAGACGCUACUCUAAAACAACAGCAACAACAGCAACAACAGCAACAACAAUUACAAAACCAAGCCUCUGCUCAAAAUAACAUACCAAACCAAGGUUCUGGUCAAGAUAUUUGGUUGUAA